GCUGUUGCAUUUUUACUGUCUCAAUAUUUUACUUCAACAACUCAAUUACAAGUCUGGUUGCAACUGAAACCAGCUGGGUUAGAUGUCGCCAAAGAGCCCGAUAUCGCGAGAUCACAGUAAGACACCUAGAAUUUCUUCCAAAGAAUCACAAACAUUUGCCUGAUAUCCAUUUGGAACCACCAUCAUUCUAUUUAAUCUGCUACAGUGUUUACGCAGGAAUAGCCACUUGUAUGACCAAGCAAUGUUCACUGCCAAAUUUAACAGGUCUUUGUUUAAACUAAAGAAUUGUUCCAAUUUAAAAGGCAGGAUAAAAGCAACAUUUCCCUUUGAUUAUACCAUCUAUUAUUUAUGCAGUGUAAAUUCAUACCACACUUCUUCUCCUAAUUACAGUGAUCAAAAAGAAACUACUGGAAGCCAUUCCAACGAAAAUCGAGAUGGCAGAAAUACUAUCACUCCAUCUUUCCAUAACAUUAACCAUAAUAGAAAAUAUAAAAACAACACCAAAGCCAAAGUCCCCCAGUCUAAGUUUAACGAUGACCUGAGAGAUGAUAAUUUUUUUAUUUUCAAUGAAAUUAAAAAACUUCGAAUGCUGACUCCCAAUGAAAAACAAGAUGAAAUAUCUAAUAUGAAUCCUAAAUUUCCUGUUACCAAACAAAAAGCUCUAGUCAGAAGAACUUUUUACAAAAACUCGGGAUAUAUAAGUUGGGAAAAGAUAAUCUUUAUAAUGAAGUCACAUUACGAUUUUCUUCGUAAAAAUAAAAAUCCCCUUAAAAUUGUGUCUAGUGAUGUCUUAUCAGAAAUACUUUUAUUUCAUAAAAUAUCAUACAAAUUAUUACUGACAAGGUUUAAAAAUUUUGAUUCAUUAUUAUUUUUAAUGACUUAUAAAUAUUUAAUUAAGUUUUUUGAAGAAAGUUUUAGAAUAUUUCACAAUCCUAGAUUAAAAUAUCAAAUUAGUUCUUCCGCUAAAAAUAAUUUAUUAUCAUAUCUAAUUUUGAGCAAAAUUUCCAACAACAGUUUAUCCGUUAAAGAUCUUUAUUUUAAAUGCUUAAUCUAUUUAACUCAAAAGAAUUUAACGGAAUUUGAAUCUUUUAUAAAUGAUAUCUUAAAUUCGAAAAGAGGUCUUAUUUUAAAUUUUCAUAGAAAGAUUUUCAUUUUUAUUAAAUCUUUAGAUUCUUUAAAUUACGGCUAUAUCCAAGAACAAAACCCAAUUCGUGAAAUAAUGGAAAAAGGUGAUUACAAUCACUUAGGUGUAUUUAAUAAUUCUCAUUUGUUCCCCAAAUUUAUUGACCCCGGUGAUAUAAAUUUUAAUUAUACUGAAAAGAACAACAAAUUUUUUUUAAACAAUCCUAAUUUAAAUAAGUUACAAUUGCUACUCAAAUUAUGGAUUCAAAUUUAUGUCAAAUUUCAUAAAAGGUACGAACUUGAGUAUGGUGCCAAGUAUAAAGAUUUGUAUAUUCACUAUGAGAAUUCUAUAUUAUUUAAAAGAUUUUUAAAUAUAGAUUUGAAUAUUCACCAUGAAAAAUAUUUUAAGCUUGAUCAAAAGUUUAAAGAAACGAUACGUAUGCAAUUUUAUGAUAGUUUAUUCAAUCCAGUUUUUUACGCUUUUCAACCAAAUACAUAUUACACUUUUACAAGAAGUUUGGGUGAAGUAUUAAAAAACGAAAAAAUAGAAGAUAUUAAAGUUGUUUUAGAAAGUUUAAAAUUGCCAAUUGGUUCGACUUAUUAUUCAAUAUUAUUAUCUUUAUUGCUAAGCUAUUAUUCCAAUUAUAGCAAGGAUCAUGUAAAAACUUUGGAAAUUUGGAAUCUUAAAACUCCAGAUAUAUUGAUUGAAACUGAUUUGAGUUGCAUUUUAAAAUCUUUAUAUUUUCUAAGAGAAUACAAAUUGCUAUUAAGCAUUUCAAAAGACUAUCCAAAAUUAUAUCAUCAAUCUCAAACAACUUGGAUUAUUAAAGCCUGUAUUGCCUCGCAGAAAUUUAAUGCAUUAAAUAGAAACAUUGUGCUGUUAAGUAAGAAAACGGAUUCUUUAUCAUAUUCUCAUUACUUAUUUAUAAUGAAUUAUUUUGCUUCAAUUGGUGAGGUCAAAUUAGUAGAAAACAUUUUCGAUAGUUUAAGCAAUCAACCAGCUAGCAACAAUAUCCACACUUGGGUUCCAUUAUUAAAAGUUAAUUUAAAAAAUGGUGAUUAUACUACGGUUUUAAAGUGGUUUGAAUUAUGUAAAGAAAGAAAAAUUCCCAAUAUUAGAAUAGCAUUGCCAUAUGCAAUCACAGCAUUGGGUCAUUUAAGUGCUUUGUCAACAGUUGUUGAAACAGUUGAAAUUAUACUCAAACAAUCAGAAGAAACAAAAUCUCCACUUAAUUCGAAUAUAUUUCUUCAUGCAAUACAGUGUUGCAGAUUUGAAGAAGAGUGGAAGGUUGCUGAAAUUAUUUUUCAAAAAUAUUUAAAACAUGGGAAUAAACCCGAUCCUUUAUUGAUUGCAGCUAUGAUGAGUUCAUAUUCUCGUUGUGGAAAAUUUAAUCAAGCAUUAAAAAUAUUUGAGUUGUAUAAUAAUAAAAUUAGCUAUACUGUUUCUGUGUAUAAUGUUCUUUUACAAGUUUGUCUAAGAACCAAGAGGUAUAAUUACAUUCCAAAAAUUAAUUUUGCGAUGCAAAAAAAAGGUAUCUUUCCAAAUUCUAGAUGGUAUGUUUUAAUAAUUAAAUAUUAUUGUUCUAUUUUUCAGUUUGGUAAAGCUGAAGAUAUUUUAAACUAUUUGCUUAAAACGAAGAAACAAAAUGGGUUUAUAAGUCAUUUUCAUUAUAAUGUUUUAAUGUCCGGAUAUCUUCAAAAGGCCUAUUAUCAAAAAGUUAUUAAAAUCUUUCAAAAUAUGAUAAUAAAUGAGAUUAAUCCAUCAAUUGCUUCAUAUCGAUUAUUGUUGAAAAGUAUAUUACAAAUCCAUGUACCCACAAUUGAAGGACCCAGUAACACGGCGAUUAUUCUUGUCAAGGCAUUGAUUGCAUCAAGAGGUAGACAAACAUUGAGGUUUAAAAAGGAAGAAUUGGUGACGAUUUUGAACGUAUUUAUUAAAGGAUCAGUGAAAUAUGCUUCCGAAGCGUCGAAGAAUUUACUUAAUAAGUUUAUUAAAAGCGAGAAUAUUGGAACACAGGAGGUUAUUCAGGAUCCGUAUUUAUUGAGUAAUUUAGUGAUGAUUAUGGGAGAAAAGAAAAAGCAUAUGGAAGUGGCUAUUUUUUUCGAUCAUUUGUUGAAGGUUGCCAAGAAGGAGAUUGAUAAUGAGAGUGUGUUUUCAAAGAAAGCGUCAUUUAGGGCAUUAUUUGAGAAAUUGUUUCGGUAUAAAAUUUUCCAGCUUAUUGAUUCCAAUGCGUAUCGGGAAGGUAUAAAUGUGUAUCAGUUUUUGGAAAGAGGCCGAUUUACAUUGAGCAAUAGGAAUUUGAAUAUGUAUGGAAUAUUUUUGUUAAGAAGUGAAAACACAUUUGAUGAAGGAUUGGAGUUUAUUGAGAAUAGUUUAAUGGACGGGUAUAUUAAGAUCGAUAGAUAUAAAAAGAAGCUUUAUAUGAUGGAAUUUGAGGCUAUUAAAAAUUCCAAGGGAAAUUCUGAAAGUGAAAAGAAACUAAAGAAAUCGAAGAAAUCAAAGAAAGAGGAAUUUAAGUUUGAUAUUACAAAGGAUACUAGGAAAUUUGAUUUUGAUAUUAUUUUGAAUCAUUUAACGGAGCCAUCAUUGCGAAGCGCUGAGUUGAUGGUCAAACGAUUUAUUGAGAUUCAAGCGAAAAUGCAGAAAGAGUCUGUUCAUAGUUCUGAAAGCGAAAUUGAAGAGUUGGUAUUGAAAAAGAUUUCCGAGAGUUAUCCGAAGUUUUAUAAGGCGCUACGGUUAGAAAAUGUUUAUUCGUAUCGACCAGAUCUUGUGGAGAAAUUGACGUUGAAGAGAAGACGGUAUAGAGCAAAGCUUGAUUAUGUGUUGAAGGUGCGAUAUGCUAGAAGAAUAAAGAAGUGGAUGAUGGGUCGUAAAGAUAGGUUAGAAAUGGUGAAGAAGUAUCAAAAGAGUGAUCGAGACGAAAAACGGAUCAUGUUGCUUAUUAACGAGGGGAUAUUUCAGGAUGAUGAAAACUUUCGGGUUGCUGAAAACCAGCGGAUCAAGUCUAUUUUCCAUAAAUUGCAAUUGAAGCAUAAAAAGACUACAAAGAAGAAAUUGAAGGAGCAUUUAAUGGCUAGUGUGCAGAGAAAUAAGAUGAAACAAAGGGAAAUGGUGGAAAAGAGAAGAAAGAUUUUAAAAGAGAAAGUAAUGGAGGAAAAUAAAAGAAAAGCAGAAGAAAAGGAAAGAAAAGCAGAAAAAAAGAAAAAAAAUGCAGAAAAAAUGCAAAGAAGAAAAGAAAAAAUGGAAGAAAAGGAAAAGGAAAAGGAAAAAGAAAAGGAAAAAGAAAAAGAAAAAAAAGUGAUAUAA